AUGUCAUGUUUUUGUAUUUGCUUUUGGCGAUGUUUCAAAAACAGGCUUACAGAGAAAAAUGCAGAAAUUCUUAAAAAAAUCCUGUAUUAUAUCAGUAGUGCAGAUAAUCAAGCUAAUGAACAGCUCAACUAUGUAAUUCAGGAAAUAUAUAUGGCGAUAUCGAAUGAAUAUAUGGACAGCACUAUUUUUCUUGAAAAGCUGAAAAGCACCAUAAUAAAGGGCAAACAAUUGCAUAAAUCCAGUCAUGAUAUUAAGAUCAAUAAUCAACAUUCGGAUACUUUAAAAGGACAUAGGAAGUCGGAGAAUUGUUCUAUACAAUCGUUUCCUCAGUCAGUAAAUAAUUGUAGUUCUCAAUUUUCAGAAUACAGAACUGAUGAGAAAAAUUAUGAAUUUUCUCACUCCCAACUUCAGUUAGUUUUGAGAAUGGAAGGCAUCCGUGAUUGGCUCAAUUUAAUUACUUCAUGUGGCCUAUUAAAUGAACUUGACCCACCACUUCCACGAAUUUCUUCAAUAGAAAGGCAUAUACGGAUCGGAUCUUGGAACCUUAACCGUUUCGAUUUAAGUAAAGCUAAACAUCCAGGAUUCAUGGAAGUUGUUUGCCUGACCAUUUUACGGAUGAACGUUUCAUUAAUAUUGCUUCAAGAAGUUUCAGACCCUUUAGUUGCUGAUUAUUUGUGCAAUGAGCUGAAUUAUCCAUCUCUUCCCCACAUAAAACGAUGGGUUGAAAAAUUUCCUCUGUCUACUCCUCCGUACUGGAAAGCAUCAUGUUCAAUCCAACCAACUGGUUCCAUGUUCCGUGCAAAAGAGUAUGCCGUCUUUCUAUAUAAUUCCCGAUGUGGUAUUCGGAUUUCUCGGACAAGUUUAUUGGAAAAGUCUUCGAACUCAUUACCUGUUUCAAGAAAGUCGUUUACACGCAGUCCAUGUGGAGCCUCCUGCCAUAUUCAACAUGUUAACUUAGUUCUCAUUUCAGUACACUUGAAGGCAAGUGGAUUAAGAAAUAGUCAAAUUGGUAGGACUAUCUCAGAAAUCGAAUCUCUCGGCUAUCUUGUUCAAGCUUUUUAUGAAACACAACCUAGUGGAACAUAUCUUAUUAUAGCUGGUGAUUUUAACCUCUUCCCAACACAUGAAGUUUAUCGGGUAUUGCGUGAACGUGGUUUAUGGCCAGUACUCAAAGGUGAACAACAAACUACCAUGAAUUAUUCUAAAUUUAGAUCUAACCAUUUUAGAGCAUAUGACAAUGCCUGGCUUUCUGCUAACCUCUCUUCGACUUCUGAAUCCAAUAUUCGUUGGACUGGUGAUUCUGGUGUCAUAAUAAAAGGGCUCAGACAUCCUUUAAUUCCGGAGGAAACAGGAAGUGGUGCAAAUGGUCUUGUUAGUGAUCACGCUCCCAUAUGGUUUGAUAUUCACUUAACGUAA